CAUCAUCACAUCCUGGUCGCGAUGCAAUGUGCAUGUUGUGAGGGUGGCAGUGAGGUAGCAGGUAUACUGGCUGUGGCGAAAAGAGAGACCUGUUUGCAGGAAAGGCCAGGCGCUACGUGAUCGGAUGGCACGCUGACGCGCUACAUGCAAAUCUGCCAACGAUCGUCACAGUCAACUUCGCGCUUGACCAGGAUCGCAGCGACAGUGUUACGCUCCGUUGUAUGCUGCGUCGUGCAGCAUUCGUCAUGGUCGAUCGGGCUGGCGACACACACGAGGCCGGGGGUGUGGAUGGUGAUGACGACCACUCCACUUGUUACGCCCUUCUACCCGACCUCUUCCUGCUUCGCGCAACGCUCAAGCCAUCGGAGUUCAGCUGGAUCGGCACGCCAGACGAAUGCGAUGAAUGGCAGCGCCUGCUCGACGAGUACGAGGAGCAUCAACACGGGUCUAACCUACCCGAGCACUCGGACCGAUAUCUAGCACCAGCUAAGGAGCUGUCCUUCAGCGUCGUGAUUCUAGGCACCAAAGAUGUGGCCUCGAACGGAGUGAACAGCACAGCAAGACCGCCACUCCCGCGCGUGACGCUCAACGUGCAUGCACCGCUCACAUCGCCUCAUGAGACGCCACGGCGCCCGCAGCUUGUCCUCUCAGCGCCUGCGCUGCAAGCAGCUUCGUGUCCCGCACCCGCACCCGCAGCCAUGAUCGCCGGGUCGCCUGAGAGCUCUGCAGCGCAUUGGCUCCAGCAGCUGCAAUGGCAGCUCGAGACGUGGUGGCGCGAGCUCAAGGGGGAAGAGAACCAGCUGUUCGAUUUGUACACGCACCUUGCGGCCUGGAUCGCCGAUCAUCACAUCCCGAUGGAGAAGCUUCCCUUCUCGAACCCCACUGACCAUUCCUUGCCGUCAUAUCCCCUGGCAGAGCCGUCGGAAGGCGCAAUACACUCCCACAGGCCCCGCCGCCGCUGCCUCCGCCCCUGGGGCGUGCAGAUGCACCGCCAGAUUUUCUACACGCACCACCUCCUUUCGCAGGUCAAGCAGCGCGAACUGGCCGCCUGGUCUGCUGAGCUCGGUGUUUGGCUGCUCGUCAAGCUCGGUUACCCUGGCUUCCUCGUUCUCGAGGGCCCCAAGCACAGCUGGGAGCAGAGCCUGCUCGCCGCUCCGCCCGGGCAGCCAGGCGCAAGUGCGAGCGCAUGCGCCGGGGUAGGAAUUGGAGGAGGCGCGUUGGAAAUGAGCAGACGCAUCAAGGGCAUGCAGUGGGCGAAGCUCAGCGCAAGGACCGAGGUCGACUGGGUGCAUACCGCUGCACCGCCCUCGUCAUCGUCAUCGCAACGCCGAGACCAAGACGAAGGCGACGGCGACGAAGCCGACAUGGAGGAAGGCGCGCUGCUCGCGUGUCCGCUCGCUCGAGCUUGUGUGCCAGGGGCCGGCGCGAGCGGCGGCAGGGAGGGCGCACGAGGCAAGCUGAGGACGUGCAUGCGUAAGACAGAGACUCUGAAGGAGAUCGUGGAGUUAAUGCGCAUGGUGGGCAUACCGGAGGACGAGCUCGUAGAUGGCUUGAGUCUGCGUGUCGGGAGCGGCAGAUAGACGCAUCGCUCCUACGGCGGGCGUGGUACCCCACGCCAUGAACUACCUGUCUCGAGGGCAAAGGGGGAAGGUGUCCUGCCCAAUUAUGCUACAACAAGGUCACCUCCUACAAGUACACUUCCUCUAGCUAGUUAGCUCGGCUGUCACCCCCUCUUCCCUUCCCACUGCCUGACAUAAUCAAUCCCAGCCUCCUUCGGCGUCCUGUACCCUCCCGCAUCCAGUGAGCCUUUCUUUUGCGCUCGAAUCUUCAGCCUACUCGGUCCAGCAGCUGCUUUGCUUCUGCCGCCGGCGCAGCCCUCUUCUCGCUCAUGCUCUUGGUCUUGCUGCUGGCGCUGUUUGAGCCGCAACGCCUCCUCGCGCAAAGCGGCUGCACGCGCCUCCUGCCGUGCU